CCACGUACCCAGGGUCGGGGCAUCACCGGGCAGGAGGGUGGGCCCGGUCCUGCCCUUUCCUGGCCCAGAGCACUUGCUCUGUCUGCUCACCCACAAGUGGGCUUGGGCUCGGGUGACCUCCAAGAGCACAUCUGUCUCUCAGUCCCACAGACCCUGUGCCCCUCCACAGCCCGGACCCUUGCUGAGAUGGGAGGCUGUGCUCCAGGCAGCACCUGUGGGUGUCACCCAGCUGUGACUCACCUCUGCCCAGCACCCACCCUCCCAAGCAGGGCCAGUCUGCCAGCCCGGUACCUCUUCAGUGCCCAGGUGCCUCUGGCUGCGCAGAGAGCUCUGAACCAGUGCUGAUGUGAGCCAAGAUACGAUGCUCGGGGCUGAGAGGCUGCAGCUCCAGCUCCAGGGAGUGGCAGGAUCUCUGACUUGGUGCCUGCAGCUGUGAAGCAAGAAGGUCAGCCGUGUGGAAGGCGAUGAUUUGUGCACUUUUGAUGUGCUACCUGGUGUUUCUUGUGCCCACAGAGUCCUGUGGGAAGCUGUGCCAGGCCGCCAGCAACAGCAAGGAGAAGGAGUCUUCCAGGCCUUGGGGGGUGUGUGAUGGCAUCUGUGUGGCCAGUUCCCACUGCAGCCAGCCGUGCCCGCCAGGCACUGAGGGAAGCAUGGGGUUUGCCUGCAGGAAGCAGCGAUGGCACAAGGUCACUGAUACCUGCUGUACUCUUAAUGCCUUCAACAUCUUUGAGGAGGACUCCCAGUCAGGCAACCCCUUUGGAGGAGGUGGAAAGGUGGACGAAUAUGCCAGGAAGUCAGAGACCAUAGCCGGCAAAUUGAUGCAGAAGUGCCCGGCUGAUCUGUCCUGCGCGAUUAGGAACAUCGAGCAGUCGCCCCGGCUACCAGGGAACAUCGCGUUCAUCGUGCAGCUCUUGCACAACAUAUCCACAGCUCUCAUGGCAGACGUGGAAGAGGCGCAGAUGCACCAGAGUUACAGCUCCAUGGCCAACCAUGUUCUGAACAGCAGUAGCAUCUCAAACUGGACCUUCAUCCCAGAAAGAAACAGCAGCUGUGUCCUGCUCCACUCAGUCAACUCUUUUGCAAGAAAGUUACUGAUAAACAAGAGUCCUAUCAACAUAUCGAAUACCUUCAUCCAUACCAUGGGCUCCAUCAUAGCUGCAGAUGAUGAAGGGAAGAAUUUCACUUUCUCCAUGAGGGUUAAUGACACCAGCAGGGCAGUUACUGGCAAGGUUUUGAUGGGCAGAGAGGAGCUGCAGACAGCGCCUUCCAUUUUUCAGAUCAUCAGCAUUGCCUUUCCCACGCUUGGGGCCAUCUUGGAGGCCAGUCUUUUGGAAAAUGUCACUGUGAAUGGCCUUGUCCUGUCUGUCAUCUUGCCCCCCAAAUUUAAAAGAAUCUCACUGCUUUUUGAAAAGAUCAGCAAAUCAGAGGAGAGGAAGACCGAGUGUGUGGGCUGGGACCACCUGGAGAGCAGAUGGGACAGCCAGGCUUGUCAGAUGGUGGAAGAGAGCUCCCAGCACGCUGUCUGUCAAUGUUGGCCAAGCAAGCUGUUCACCUCUUUCUCCAUUCUCAUGUCGCGCCACACCCCAGUGAGCCCAGUUCUGACUUUUAUCACCUACAUAGGCUUGGGCAUUUCCAUUUGCAGCUUGCUCAUUUGCUUGUCCAUUGAGGCUCUGGUCUGGGGUCAGGUGACGAAGACAGAGAUCUCCUAUUUACGUCACCUGUGCAUUGCCAACGUGGCAGCCACCUUACUGAUGGCAGAUGUGUGGUUCAUCGUGGCUUCCUUUCUUAGUGGCCCGGUGACACACCACAAGGGAUGUGUGGCGGCAACAUUUUUCAUUCAUUUCUUUUACCUUUCUGUGUUUUUCUGGAUGCUCGCCAAGGCGCUCCUUAUCCUUUAUGGAGUUCUGAUUGUUUUCCACACUCUGCCUAAGUCAAUCCUGGUGGCUUCUCUCUUCUCAGUGGGCUACGGGUGCCCUUUGAUCAUUGCUAUUAUCACAGUGGGUGUCACUGAACCUGGCAAAGGCUACUUACGGCCGGAGGCCUGCUGGCUCAACUGGGACAUGACAAGGGCCCUCUUGGCCUUUGUGGUCCCAGCUCUGGCCAUCGUGGUAGUAAACUUGGUCACCAUCAUGCUGGUGAUUAUCAAGACCCAGAGAGUUGCCACUGGAAGCUCCAUGUUUCAGGAAGUGCGAGCCGUCCUGAGAAUCAGCAAGAACAUCGCCAUCCUCACGCCACUGCUGGGACUGACCUGGGGCUUCGGGAUAGCCACGGUCAUUGACAACAGCUCACUGGUCUUCCACAUCAUCUUCUCCUUGCUCAAUGCAUUCCAGGGCUUCUUCAUCCUGGUGUUUGGAACAAUUCUGGACCCAAAGAUCCGAGAAGCCUUAAAGGGUCGAGUAACCUCUGCGAAACGGAUCUCCAGGGUAUCAGAGAACCUUUCUUCUGAUUUCUCCCGCCACCCCACCAAAAGGCCGAGCUAAGAGCCCUCUCUGCAGCCCGACUUGGAGGUGCAACUGCUGUCCACUAAUGCUGUAUUUCCUGUCCCAAUGAGGUCGCUCACCCGAGAAUGGCAGCACCUGCAGGAGGAGCACGCCAACUCCUGCCUUCCUGCUCCACUGUGGAGUAGUGGAAAGGGAGAGGUUCGCGAGGAUAGAGGCCACCGAACGUUCCCUGCCCAUCACCUGUAAAUAACUACAUUACCCUGGGUGUCUGAUCAGAGACAGAGUGGACCUUUCCCAAGAGCAGGAUCAGGGUCACCUCAGUGCCUCCGCCUCCACACCGAGGGUCUCCUUCAUCCUCAGGAAGAAGCUCAGGCUUAUCUUUGGCCGAGGUGGCCUGAGAUGUCACCCAGCUGGAUUCUGUGGCUUUUGGAGGGAGAGGCUCAUGAAUAGGCAUGAAGAAUUGAGAGUCAGGUGGACUAAGUAGGUCACUGCUGGCUCUUUUUAUGAUAGAAGCCAACUGCCCAUGUCUUCCACUCUGUCAAAGUUCUGCUGAUGGUUUGGGCUCAGACACCAUGUCCUUGACCACAAGCCGUGUGCAAACCAUACAGACUUGGAACCUGAAAAACUGCCUAUUUUGUCUUAAGGAGAUGAAAACCCCGAGAUGUGAGUCACAGCUAAUCAAUAGCUGAGCGGAGGAGGAAACAUUCUGCUCCUCUUGGCUCUCCCAGGCCAUGUGCCCCUGGAAGCAUUCUGCCCACACUUCUGAAACCAACAAUAUGUGUUUGAUGCCCAGGAUGGGGAAGGGGAAAUAUUGUGUUUCAGGUGCAAAGCUACUCAUUUUCAUAGCUGUGCCUGUGAACAAUCCGGCAUUCAAAGCAGGUGUCACCAGAUGGAGAACCAUGCUGAGGGCCAAAGCCACUUACAGAGUCAUACACAGUGGCUGCCGCUGCAGGGAGCUGGGAGAUAAAGUCACAGGGCAGGGGAGAACCCUAAUGGCCCCACUGAGAUGCCAUAUGCCCCAAGGGAAACUGAGGUCCCUCUGUGGAUGGGCAGGGCCUCUUCCUCUCUCUCUGUGUCUUUUUCUACACAGAAUCUUUUUCUACACAGGAUCUUUUUCUAAGUAGGGAAGUUUGAGAAGGCAAAGGUACAAUAAAGAAAGCAAUCAGAAGGUGGGGAGAUGCCCUGCCGGGGACAUGAGUUAUCAUUCCAAAGGUGUCACCCACAUUGGGACAACAGUGUCGUUCCCAAAUGGAGCCCAAGAGUGGGCUCAACCUGCCAUCCACCAGCUCACUCACAGGUCUCCCAUGUGGGCACAGAGAAGGGGCACUCGCACAAAGCCAGACCCGGCAGUGAGUGCGGGGUCUGGGCAAGUGAGCGGUGAGGGGAUCACGCGUCUGGAUAAGCCUUCCAGAGGGGACCAGUUGUCCCACUGUAGGGUGAGCAUUGAGACGGACAGGGAGGACCUGCUCGGUGUCCGUGCUGGGUGGAAAUCUCAGAGCUCUGGUCUACUCAUUCCCCCAAGUAGGAUGGGGGAUGCCCCAGCGAGGCUCCCUGCUAACAAGGGAGGCCCAGGCUGCCGACAGGAAACACCUUGAAGAAGCCGUACCUUCACGCCCACAGCCCCAACCCACUCUGCACCACCCUAAAGCAACUGCUGGGUCAGGCUGACUCUGCUGACCCUCAGUAGCCAGAGGGGCCUCUGAUGGCUCCCAGGGAAGUGGCGGGGUUGGGGCCCAGGGGAACUGCUCCCAACAGUGUCGAAGGCAGACUUACAGGCAGUUGCUGUUGGCUGUUGUUGGGAGAGUCGUUUAAAUUUUCUAGUCUUGGGGUUUCUCUUUUAUAGGCUGAUCAUAACAGAGUCUACCUCACAGGAUUGUUGGAAAGAUUAAAUGAAUCAAUGUGGGUAAAGUGUUUAGGACAGUACUUGGCCAGUAAUAAUUCCUCAUUAAAAUGUUAGUUAUAUUUUUACUAGUGUACCUAUGAACACCCCCUGACACACACACAGACACAGACACAUGCAAAUACACACACACGGUCCUUUUCAUGGGUUUGGAUAUAGAUAUCCUCACAGGAAUGGGUUAACUGACUUCUCAUCAAAAGAGCUAGGCAUCUGGUUUGGUGUGUUCAACGUUAGGGUUUACCAACCAGCGAAAUCUGCAGUGUCCCAUGGAAUGAGCAUUUUGUCCAAGAUUGCCCUGGUUGCACAAGGGCCCCCUUCACAGGAAGGCAGGGCACACACCCCGGGCACUGCUCAUUAUGCAUUGCCCAGCCAGGCCUCCCCUCUUGCUUGCUCCAGGAAGCCCUCCCUGGUAGGCGCAGCCAGAAGCACCCAUUCUCCACACCCAGUUGUCAUGCUGUUUGUAAUCUGUGGCCCUCACGUUACAUCGGUAUUUAUUUGCCAUAUUGUCUGUUUCCUUUGGUCUUUUUGCCUUCCUAUAUUUUCUCUCCUGGAUAACAUAGCAUACCUUAAGGACCAGGGCUGUGCCUUCUGUUCGUUACCUUUCUUUGUGUGUUUACACCACAAGGUGCCUCGUAUGCAGAAUCCGUUCAUUGGAUGUGUUCAAUAAAGUCCUCU